CUCCAUGUCACCAUCUGUGGCACAAUCCUUCUCUGUCACUGUCCCUACCACCCCCUCUUUCUCCUUCCUCCUGCCUCCCUCUGUCCCUGCCUUUUUCUGCAUCUCUCACAGCUCCUCCGUCCGUCCAUCCAUUCUCUCCUCUCCUCUUUCCUCCUCCGUCCCUUCUCCUUGCCAGCAUCUCUCCUUACUCCCCCUCAUUCUGCCUUUCCACCCACACACUGUCUCCUAUCCCUCCCUUCUCUCUCUCCACCUCCGACCCACCCCCCCUUUCCUUAUUUUCUCUUGGCUUCCUAUGUCCCCUGCUAUCUCACAUUCCUGUCACCUUGGGAAGUACCUCCUGCCACCCCCAACUGGGUGCCAUCUGAGGACCCCCAUCCUGUGUCCUACACCCUCCACGUGUCCUGGAGAUGGGGGGUGACGUACCAGGUGAAGGUGGAAAGUCAGGGCCGAGGACCAGAUGGGAGAGGCAAUGUGAGCUGACGUGGCCGCUAAGGGCCUAGGAAGGGCCCAAGCCCAUGAAUGCCGGAGGAGUGGGCACCAUGUGAGACCCAGCUGGCUGUGCUCUAAUGGUACCUGGCUGCGGAAUGUUACCCAGCCUGUGGACUACAAAGGGAGCUCUUGCUCUGUGGGCAGAAUCUUGGAGCCUCCGUAGAGCAGAAUGUCAGAACUGAACCAAACCAGAUGCAAGCUGCUGUCUGGCCUCCUGGGCCUGUGUGGCUUCGCUCCUGAGCUCCCCUUCGUGCUGGAGUGGUGCAUCUGACAAGCCUCUUCCACCUUUGCAUCAAAGGAGGCUAGGACUAGGCGGUGACUGACCGGCUCCUCCUCAGCCAUGGCCACUGCUGCCUAUCCUUCAUCGGUGCCCACAACCUCGGACCCUGGGAACACAUCCUCAUCCUGGCCCCUGGAGACCACCCCGGGGAAUGUAUCUGCUGGCGCCAGCCUGGCCGGCCUGGCCGUGAGUGGCAUCUUGAUCUCCCUGGUGUACCUGGUGGUGUGUGUGGUGGGCCUGCUGGGCAACUCACUGGUCAUCUACGUGGUCCUGCGGCACACGGCCAGCCCAUCCGUGACCAGCGUCUACAUCCUCAACCUGGCGCUGGCCGACGAGCUCUUCAUGCUGGGGCUCCCCUUCCUGGCUGCCCAGAACGCCCUGUCCUACUGGCCCUUCGGCUCUCUCAUGUGCCGUCUGGUCAUGGCCGUCGAUGGCAUCAAUCAGUUCACAAGCAUCUUCUGCCUCACCGUCAUGAGCGUGGACCGCUACCUGGCGGUGGUGCACCCGACACGCUCGGCCCGGUGGCGCACGGCGCCCGUGGCUCGCGUGGUCAGUGCGGCCGUCUGGGUGGCCUCGGCCGUGGUGGUGCUGCCGGUGGUUGUCUUCUCGGGGGUGCCGCGGGGCAUGAGCACGUGCCACAUGCAGUGGCCAGAGCCGGCGGCCGCCUGGCGAACGGCUUUCAUCAUCUACACGGCCGCCCUGGGCUUUUUCGGACCCCUGCUGGUCAUCUGCCUGUGCUACCUGCUCAUCGUGGUGAAGGUGCGCUCGGCCACGCGGCGGGUGCGGGCGCCCUCGUGCCAGUGGGUGCAGGCCCCCGCGUGCCAGCGGCGGCGGCGUUCUGAGCGCAGGGUCACGCGCAUGGUGGUGGCUGUGGUGGCGCUCUUUGUCCUCUGCUGGAUGCCCUUCUACUUGCUCAACAUCGUGAACGUGGUGUGCCCGCUGCCGGAAGAGCCCGCCUUCUUUGGCCUCUACUUCCUGGUGGUGGCCUUGCCCUACGCCAACAGCUGCGCCAAUCCCAUCCUCUACGGCUUCCUCUCCUACCGCUUCAAGCAGGGCUUCCGCAGGAUCCUGCUGAGACCUUCACGUCGCGUGAGGAGCCAGGAGCCCGGGUCUGGCCCUCCGGAGAAGACUGAGGAGGAGGAGGACGAAGAGGAGGAAGAGAGAAGGGAAGAGGAGGAGCGGAGGCUGCAGAGGGGAAAGGAGAUGAACGGAAGGGUCCGCCAGAUCUCACAGCCUGGCACCAGCGGACAGCCUCAGCUACCGCCCAGCACAGGGACUGCCAAGGAGCAGCAGUUUCUACCCCAGGAGGCCACAGCUGGGGACAAGGCCAGCACCCUGAGCCAUCUGUAAGGACCUUUAAAGAGUCAGCAUGGCCCAGAGAAGGGCAGAGGCUGUGCUUGACCUAGGGACACGAGGACCACUCACAUGCAGCGGUCCCAGCAAGCAGCAGCUAGAGUGACUUCGUUUAUACAGCUGUUCUGGCCCUCUCUGGGCCGCUGAGGUACUAGGUUCCAAUGUUGGGAUGGGCUCUGUCCCGUUGGGCUAGGACUUGCUGUGUGACCUUUGUCAGGUCAUUUCCCCUUUUGACUCAGGGAUGGGUAUAAUGAGCCUGGAUGGGCCCCACAAGAAGAGGGAUCUGAAGGUGUUGUUACUGGGGUGAAUCUCCUGAGUAGGGCCCAAGGGAAGGGGCUUUAGGCAGUCUGACCAAGAAACAAGAUUUCAUUGGCGGG